CACACAAGUGGGCAAGUGGCUGCAUGUGCGCGAUGAUGUGUGUUUGUAUAGAUAUGUGUGAGGAAUAUUGAAAUUCAUCUGUCUCUGUGCGUCGUCUCAUAUUGCGCAAAGUGUUUUCUGAAAGGUUUGGCGAGAAAAAAAAUUGUUUAUAAAAAAAAAAACAACAACAUUUGUGCUCCGAGAGAAACAAGAACGCCACAUGUUCGAUGUGGUUCUCUUUCUCUCCGGUUUUUUUUUUUCCCCGACGUGCCAUUUCUGUCAGAACAGGAUGGAGUUAGGAGUUCAGCCGUAGGCAGGCAGGUUAACCGGACCAGAGUUGGAACUGGCGGAGCUGCAGCGCGAAAGUUCUUCGAUUAAAUUGCGAUUAAUUGCGCGAAUUCGAUAACGCGAAUCUUUGAGAUCCUUUACGUCAAUCGGAAACCUCGUUACAACCGCUCUCACGCUGUUUCACGUAGGAAAAUGGCGGUGCAACAAUCCCGGUUGUUUUGAAACAUACAACUUUGCUGCUGAUGAUCGACGAAGUUGCCAAAACUAACAUGGAUAUCUCAGCUAUGCUCGAGGUACAGGUGAAAGAAGAGUCGGAAACGGAUUCAAAUGCAGUAUCAGAAAAAGAUAACAGUUUACUCAACUCAAUUCCCGAACUGGAAGUCGCGCCGGUUCCCGAGGAAGAGAAGAAUUUCUACAACCUCAUGUUCGACAAUGAUCUUGCAUCCGUAAGAUUCUGGAGACUUCACUGUACAGCAUGCGACGUGCACAUAGGUUCUGCUCCAUCUCAAGCUCAUAAUAUGUAUCAACAUCCUAUACUUCGUACGCUACUUUGUGCAAAAUGUCGAGCAUUUUAUGGAGAUGGCAAUUUUGAACAAGGUGAUGAUGCUACAGACAUGUUCUGUAGAUGGUGUGCAAAUGGUGGUAGUUUGUAUUGCUGUUCAUAUUGCAGUAAUACAUUUUGUACAAAAUGUAUAAGAAGAAAUUUCACAUCUUUGGUUAGAAAGAAAAUUGAGGCCGACGAAAAAUGGAAAUGCUUUGUAUGCAAUCCUAGUGAUCUGUACAGCGCAAGAGCUGUGUGUUGGGCUCUUCUCGAACACGUGAAAACAGUAAAAAGAAUACUCAAAAAUAGUAAGGUAAUGUCUACCCAGGAAAUUGAGGAUAAGAUGAAUUUAGAUGAAUCGCCGUGUUGUCCGCGUACGAGAAAACGCAAACGUCGAAGAAACGAAUCAAAUUCUGAAGAUGAGGAUGAGACAUAUGUACCUUCAUACAAUGGGUUAAUAAAUCAAGGAAACAAACGCAAACAAAUGAGAAAGUUCAAACUCACUCAGCCGAUGCAUACCAAUUUAAAUGGCGUCAAUACGUCAUAUGUGAAGCAACUGUAUCCCAUUCGGCCACGUCCAACUUCGAUGUUAACUAAUUUCCCUUCGAAUGAACAAGGAACCGAGCCCAAUAAGAUCAGAACUGUGUCGGAUAACGUUCUCUUUCCAUCAUCAAGUUUAGUGAAUGACAUGUCUCGUUCAGACGUUUCAUCAUCAUCGAGAUUUGAAAAUACCAAUACAUUGCAAAAACAGACAAUAUAUCACGCUACUCUGGUAGGUUCCAUAGGUUCAAACGCUUAUAUUACACCGUCUACUGCAGACUCCGCGCCUCGUAGAUGCGCAGUUCUUAUUCCUCAGUCACAGUCACAGACGAGCCAACCGUUACAGUCAAAUAAAUUCCAUGCACCGCAAUCACUCCAGUCAAAUACAAUGGUGUCCAUACCCAAAUCACCAAACAGAUCUUCUCUUGUCUUGCGGAACUUGCUUGAAGGCACGCCUUCCAACAUAAUCGAACUUGACAGUGAUUCUGACGACGAACCGAAGAUUGUCGAAAAUCCAACAGCCAAUGUGAAUAACAAGAACAAGGAUGUUAUUAUAUCUUCCGAGAGAAUAGUUCCUGUUGCGCUUGCAUGGGACAAGACAAAUAUCGGUAAAAUAAUAGAACAGUCUCUGAAAGUGAUGUACUCAUCUCUGAAGACGACUCCUCCUUCCUUUAGUGAGAAGAUGUCGCCGCACAGUCAAGAACUCAAACAAGUUUUAAGUAACAUAAAUGAAAAACUAGUGAAUUUCUUUAAUUUAAAUGAACGAAAUGAAGAUAUUGAUUUGAUUGCGCGAAAAAAGAUGAUGCAGUUUUAUCAAAUUAUACGCGACACGGUACUACAGUUAGCGCAAAUUAACGAUAGAGCAGUGCGCGAAUAUAAUGACUGGGUGAGAUCUCGAAAAAUAGAUAAGAACGCGUCGCCGUCUUCAACCGACGAGAACACAAUAACAAGUUCGGAAAAUGUAGAGAUUCCAUUAGACAUGAUUUGCGUUAACGAUUCCGAUACCGAGUCUGAAAUUGAAAAAUUGAUCGAUCACAAAGUUAUCGAGCCAUCUGAACUUGUUAAACAGUGUAAAAUUGUUGAAAAUGUGCUUUUCUCUAAAAAACAAGUUGUGCAUCGAGCCGUCGGUGAUGACAUUGCGCAUUCAUUGGUAGAUCAAGAGAUUCAAGUAUACGACGUGAUCUCAAGGGAUUAUGAGAAAUAUAUCGGUCACUCGGUUUUGAAGAAAGUCGAUUAUGACAAGUCGAGAACAGACGAUAGUGCUUCGAAAGCAGUGAUGACGCUUGAGAACUUCGGCAAAUACGAGGAACAAUUUAUCUUUUACUUGCAACAUAUUGAAGAUCACGGCAUCGAGAUUGAGGAUAUGGAUGGUUUAACGGACUCGAACAAAAUACCAAUUGAAAAGCAAAUAGAGACGAAUUCGUCGUUUAUCUUGCAUGCAGAUUCCGAUCAGACAAAUAAUUGUGAGCAAGAAGACAGUUCAACGAAUUACAUCACUACUCCAACAACCAAGAACGACGAGUCAAUAACGUUUACAGAACGUUUAAAAGAGUUUGAGAAAACAUUAAAAGAAGUUGAGUUGCGAAACAAAACAAAGACAGACAAUGAUGCGGCAUUGUUGAUAUUGAACAAUGACGUAAACCCGGAUCAAAACGAUAGUAAUGUAGUAAAUGUGAGAGAAGUUACUUCGACUGAAAGAGCGGAUGACAUUAUUAUCGAUGAUUGUGCUAUUAUUGAUGAUUAAUAAGCUUUUAAGGUACUGUAACUUCUAAAUUUGUGUAAAUUGAAAUAUUUUAUUUUGGUUUAUAAUCAGCUUUAUAACUAAUCAAAUCGUUUAGAGAGAUAAUUGUGUAAGACACAACAGCUUUCUCAUUUUAGAGCCAUAAUCUUUUUCUUUUUGUUCUUAAAGAAGUUACAGUUACCUCACAGAGGAUGAAAUUUGUAUUAUAUACAUAUAUAUGAGUGAUGUGUAUAAAGUAUUUCAUUUCUAUAGAUUAUAAUAAAAAAUAAAUAUUAAGAUGUCCCGCAAAUGGCAUUGUGUGAAGAAUUUGCUUUCUAAUAAUAAUUAAAAAGUUUAUGUUGUCAUUUAUUUUUAGUCUAUUCUCAAUCUGUUUAUUAUAAGUAAUUUAUAGUAUACUUCGGCAAACUUUUUUUACACAACGACAGUAAUGUAAUACGUUUGAUAGAAUGGCAAUUAUUUUAAAUAAAUUGUCUAUUAUAUAUUAGUUUACAUAAUUUAACAUUUAACGUUUUUUUGUAAAUAUAUACAAUAAUGCGCGAACAACUUGUGGCAUACAUGUGUUACUAAAUGUCUUGUUACUUUUGUAGGAACAUUUUACAACUGGACAAGUGUAUCGAAAGCGUUAAACAUGUUGUGUACUUAAUAGAUUACCAAAACUUGAAGUUAGCUAUUUUAAAAGAGAUAAGAGGUAAAACUGAAAUACUUCUAUUAUUAGAUUCGACUAGAAAACAGUAAAAGUGUUGCAGAUUUUGACAUUAUACAUCUACACUGUAAAAAAAAAUGUGAACUUACACGAAAUUUUACACAAUUGUUGUAAAUGUCACGUUAUAAUUAGUUAGUUAUAAUUUUAAGUGUAGAACAUCAUGCCGGUUUACAACUAAAUUGUAAAUUUACAUUUUUAGUAUCGAUAGCGAGUAAGUUUCCAAUAUCUUGUGCAGUGUAAAAAUGUAUAAUUUUUGUGCGCCAUAAGUACGCAGCAUUAAUUCGCUCACUUGUAUACGUAUGUACAUAACACAGCGUCUUUGUGGUGUGGUCACAUAUCUUACAAGAUAUAUAAAAUGUUAUGUUUCUUGUGCAAAGACUCAUUGUUAUAUUGUAGCUAAUCGACUAUUAUGCACAUACAUAUUUAAUUUGCACAUUUUUGUCGAGUCAGAGUUGUUAAAGUUUUGUUUGGUCAGUCACUUCGUUUCGGUAUACUCGCGCAAUUAUCACCAAAGAAUCAGCGUAUUCUGAACACUGUUUUCUCACAAACUCCACAAACAUUCAUAAAUAUUCAGCAACUGGCUAAUAAUGUUCGAUUAUCCUCGAAAGGUGAAGGCAUACAUAUACAUGCCGGGGUGUUAAUGUACAUACGUAUUCUAUAUAAAAACAAGACGAGUAGUUAGACAUAUUCCUAGCCUGUUCGCUCUCGAAUUUUUUGAAAGCAAUACGCGUGUGAAUUGUGCAAGUUUCGCGAAAUGAAAAGAGUGUAAGAGUAAGAAGUAUUUAAGUUGUUUUAUACAUAGUUCGUUAGAUUAUAGAUAUUUAGACAUUAGAUAUUUAACAUUAUCCACAUUUAAUAAUUAGUUCGUGCAACAUAAGUUUCGUAAGAAUAAAGACAGAUUACUUCUUUU